CUGCUGGAGACAGCGUACUCGCGGCAGCACCCGUCCUAUCAUUUCUGAUCGAAGGCUCGGCGAUCCCCCUUAGGAGGCAACGAAGGGCCGGAGGAAGCGCCGAGCGCUUCUCCUCCACGUCCCUUGGCCACCCCGCCGGAGAGAAAUGGUCCGCCCCGUCGCGCGCUCCCUGCUCCCGCGGUUCGGAGGCUGCCUGGGAGGUGGGGGAAGGGCGAGGGAGACCCCGGGCCUUGGAGGGGCGCCUGAGGCCGGCAGCGGCUGAGGCGGCUCUGGUGCCUCCUCUCCAGCCACCCAGCCGGGCAGGACCAUGGCGAAGGAGGAGGAGGAGCCGCAGCAGCAGCGGCAGGAAGGGGGCGAGCUGAAGGUCCCUGAGGAGAUGUUCAAAGAUGUCAAGUUCUUCGCCGUGGGAGACCUCGACCCCCAGGUUAUUCAGUUUUUGAAAGAUGGGAAGGCAAAGGAAGUUUCUUAUAAUGCUCUGGCGUCGCACAUCAUUUCAGAAGAUGGAGACAAUCCAGAAGUCAGUGAAUCUCGUGAAGUCUUUGAUCUUCCAGUAGUAAAACCUUCUUGGGUGACUUGGUCAGUUCGAUGUGGAGCUCUUCUGCCAGUAAAUGGUUUCUCUCCAGAAUCCUGUCAGUUAUUUUUUGGAGUUGCUGCUUGUCUAUCUCAGGUUUCCUCUGAAGACCGGAGUAUGCUGUGGGCAUUGAUUACUUUUUAUGGUGGGGAAUGCCGGCUGAGCCUCAAUAAAAAAUGCACUCAUUUGAUUGUGCCUGAACCAAAAGGGGAAAAAUACGAAUGUGCAUGUAAGCGAGAGAACAUUAAGAUUGUGACACCAGACUGGGUUCUAGAUUCUGUAUCUGCUAAAACCAAAAAAGAUGAGACUUCCUAUCAUCCUCGCUUAAUUAUAUAUGAGGAGGAAGAAGAGGAGGAAGAGGAAGAAAAUGAAGAGCAAGAUUCUCAAAAUGAAGGUAGUACAGAUGAAAAGUUGUCAAGUCCAGCAUCUUCUCGAGAAGGGUCACCUUCAGGUGAUCGAGCCUUUUCUCCUAAAUCUAUUGAUGCUGACAAAACAAAAGGAGAACUGAUGUUUGAUGACUCAUCAGACUCAUCUCCUGAAAAGCACGAAAGAAACUUGAACUGGACACCUGCUGAAGUUCCACAGACGGCGGCAGCAAAGCGCAGGUUGCCAUCAGGCAAGGAUUCUGGAUUGAUAAACCUGUGCGCCAAUGUGCCACCUGUCACAGACAAUAUUUUGUCCUCUGAAAUCAGAAGUAACAUAAUGGCUUCAGUGCAGAAUCCCCAAAGUUCUGGGCGUCCUGAAAUGAUGGCUGCAUGGAGUCCUGCAGUACGGACAUUAAGAAAUAUUACUAAUAAUGCUGAUAUUCAGCAGGUUAAUAGGCCAUCAAAUGUAGCACAUAUCUUACAGUCACUUUCUGCACCUACGAAAACUUUGGAGCAACAGGUUAACCAUAGCCAGCAGGGACAUGCAAACGCGGUAUUGCUUAGCCAAGUUAAACUCACUCCAGAAACACACUUACUGCAGCAGCAGCAGCAGCAUCCAUCGCAGCAGCACCAACCGCAGCAGGCGCAACAGCCGCCGCCGCAGCACCACCCACUCUUGCAUCUCCAGCCCCAACAAAUCAUGCAGUUGCCGCAGCCGCCGCCGCCACAGCCGCCCCAGAUGCCUCAGCAGCCCUUCGCACAGCCGCCUCAUCAGUUUGCACAGCAGCAAGUUCAUCAGCACCAGUUUACCCAGCAGCAGCUGCACUCCCAGCAGCUCCAGUUCCCUGCCCAGCAGCUGCAUUCCCAGCAGCAGAUGCAUCGCCCGCAGCAGCAGUUUCAGCAGUCCACAGCUGUGCAGUUUCAGCAGCAGCAGCAUGCCUUGCAGCAGCAGCUCCAGCAGCUCCAGCAGCAGCAGCUCCAGCAGCAGCAGCUGCAACUCCAGCAGCAAAACCUUCAGCAGCAGUUACAACAGCAGCAUCAGCAACAACAGAUUCAACAGCAACAGUUGCAGCAGCAGCAUUUGCAGCGCAUUCAGCAGCAGCAACAAAUGCAAAAUCAGGCAUCACAACACUUGGCUCAAGCAUCUCAGGCACUGCAGCAUCAGGUUCCAGUUCAGCCACCACAGCAUCCCCAGCAGCAGCCACAACUGCAGCAGCAGCAGCUCUUCGGACAUGAUCCCUCUGUAGAAGUUCCAGAAGACUAUUUCUUAUUGGGUUGCGUAUUUGCAAUUGCUGAUUACCCUGAGCAGAUGUCUGAUAAACAGCUACUGGCAACGUGGAAAAGGAUAAUCCAGGCACAUGGUGGUACAGUAGAUCCUACACUCACAAGCCGAUGUACACAUCUUCUCUGUGAAAGUCAGCUUAGUAAUAUGCAUGUUCAGGCUUUGAGAGAAAAGAAGAGAUGUAUCACUGCACACUGGUUGAACUCAGUCCUGAAAAAGAAGAAAAUGAUACCGCCUCAUCGAGCUCUUCAUUUUCCAGUAGCAUUUCCAGCAGGAGGGAAACCAUGUUCUCAACAUAUAAUUUCAGUGACAGGUUUUGUCGAUAGUGACAGGGAUGACCUCAAGCUGAUGGCGUACCUAGCAGGUGCAAAGUAUACAGGCUACCUUUGUCGCAGCAACACAGUUCUCAUCUGUAAAGAGCCUAGUGGCUUAAAAUAUGAGAAAGCCAAAGAAUGGAGGAUACCAUGUGUGAACGCACAAUGGCUCUGUGAUAUAUUACUUGGAAAUUUUGAUGCUCUGCGGCAGAUACAGCACAAUCGCUAUACAGUAUUUAAUCUUCAAGAACCACUUGCUCCCAAUCAGCAUCUCAUUCUAAAUCUUCUCGAUGCUUGGAGGGUUCCGUUGAAAGUAUCACCAGAACUUCUGACGGGUGUGAGAUUACCGCUUAAACCAAAGCAAAAUGAAGCAGUAGUUCAGCCUUCAACCAAGCGGCCAAGAAUUGAAGACUUGCCAGCGCCUACUAAGAAAUUGACGCCAGAAUUGACACCAGUGGUGCUCUUUACAGGAUUUGAGCCUACACAGGUGCAUCAGUACAUCAAGAAACUAUACAUUCUUGGGGGCGAAGUAGCAGAAUCUGCCCAGAAAUGCACUCACCUUAUAGCUAGUAAAGUGACACGUACCGUGAAAUUCCUAACAGCAAUUUCAGUUGUAAAACAUAUAGUAACCCCUGAAUGGUUAGAAGAGUGUUUCAAGUGCCAGAAGUUUAUAGAAGAGCAGAGCUACAUUCUCAGAGAUGCAGAAGCUGAAGUUCUUUUCUGUUUCAGCUUAGAGGAGUCACUAAAGCGAGCUCAAGUGGCACCACUCUUUAAGGGAAAGUACUUCUAUAUCACACCUGGAAUAUGUCCUAGCCUUUCCACCAUGAAAUCUAUUGUGGAAUGUGCAGGGGGAAAGGUAUUGUCCAAACAACCUUCCAUCCGAAAACUAAUGGAACACAAACAAAAUAAAAGCUUGUCAGAGAUUAUCCUCAUCUCUUGUGAAAAUGAUCUUCACUUAUGUCGAGAAUACUUCGCCAGAGGCAUAGAUGUCCACAAUGCAGAGUUUGUUUUGACUGGCGUUCUUACUCAAACACUGGAUUAUGAUUCAUAUCCUUCCAUAAGCUAGCUAAAACAUUAUAGUGAUUUUUGCAAAAAUAGAAGUCUCCCUUAAACAUGUUUUGUUCUCAGCAGUUGUCAAAAUUUGCGGAACUGAUUUGGUUUAUAUGGAGUAUCUAAUAAUGCCAGAUUGUUGUGGCCUUAUUGAUCGACAAUUAACCCAUGUCUGUAGAGGUGCACUUGACCACCGUUUUGAAUAAGAAACUUCCAAUGAGGAUGAUCAGGGGAUUGUGACAUAGAAUGUGCAACUUGAUACCAUGGAUUAAUCAAUUGUUAACAACCCACAUUUCCAACUGCUAAUCAAGAGAUAAGUGUGGGUUGUUUCAUGCUUCAGAAACCCAUGUUGGUUGUUCUCACAGAUCUCCAGCAACUCCCAGUCACUGAUUGGGGGAUGCAUAUUGUUGUUGUUUUUGAGUUCCUUUGAAUUUCUGGGCGUACUUCUAGAGGAGACUUAGAUAACCUUUGUUGGUUAAUAUACUUGCAAAUAUUCUUGAAGUGGUCAAAAUAACCAAGAAUAAUUUAAAAUAAUAAUACAAUAAUACAAGUGUUAAAAAUGUUGAGGUGCCAGUGGCCAAAAAAAGCAAGAGUAGAAGAGAAAUGCCAGCUUAAAGAGGAUUUUCUUAAAUUGGUGUGUCGACUUGUUCAGUAAGGAUGCCAGGCGGAUCUCCCUGAGAGGGAAAGAUGGGAGGCCUCUGUAGAAAAAGCUUCAGGUAGCCGUUCAUCACACCAUUGCGGGCAGUGGCACCCAGAAUUGCUCUGCAGUGGCAGUAUGUCUCUGAAAUUAGUUGCCAUUAGACAAACUUCUAAGAAGGCCUUGCAAACAUAUUGCUUCAUUCUGGCAUUGUCUACUAUGAUUGUCUUUGUUCUGGUUUAUCAUUAUUAAUAUCGUCCCAUUUUUAUGCUGAACUAUUACUACUGCCCUGAGAAGCCGUGAAGUUGACCAAGAAAUAUUUCAACCAAGAAAUAAGAAUGAGAGCCUCUGAAGGCAAUCUUAGCAAUUGGGUAGGACCAUAUGGGAGAAAGCACUGCAUCAGGUGGACUGUUCCUAAACGAUUGAAGGCGGUAAGCAUCUUGGGCCUUGAUCACAUUUAGCAAUUGGAGAAAUUAAGUGUCCGUAACCCCACCACAAAAUGGCUGCUGAGGAGCGGGAGGAGGCAUAGCUAAGGAUUGGUGACCUUGUCUUCCUAUUGAAAAAUUCGAGUAUGAAACAGAAGGGUGGGAUGUGGGCCCCGAAACACUAAAGUUCUGUGAGCCACAGGUUUUAGCACAAAGAGUAACUAAUUGCACAGCAGUAACAGCUCUGGUAAGAAAUGAAUUCAUUAAUUUUAAAAUAAGUGGGACUGUUGGAGAACUUUGGCAGGCACCAGGUAAGUUUCCAAGAUGAUUGUGGUGCCCAUGAGCUCCAUGUUGCCUACCCUUUUCAGAAUUCUUUGUUAUGGCUGUCACUUGUAAUUUAGUUUGACGCACGGCAGAUCAUCCGAAUCAAAUUAUUUCGUAGAAUUGCUGUUGUUGAGUGUUGAAAGUAUUUCCUUCCUCUUGAAACAUAUAUUUUAAUAAAUAUAAUCCAAAAAAACACAUCAGAUUAUGUCCUGGCAUUUGGUUCAUAACAGCAGUAAAACAACAUUGCAUAGUCUAGGAACAGAUUAUCUUCCGUGGCGCCCAAUAGGCAACAUUUUACCUUUCUCUUGUUCUACAGCAGCCUGUACACGUUUCAGUCACUAGCUUUUUCCUUAACAAAAGUCUACAUAUAAAUUUACUUGACUGGGGGUGAAAUGCCUUAACUGGCUUCAAACUCGUGGAAGCCUCCGUUCAAGCUUUUCCAGCCUGCAGAUCCAUUAAUCAGUACUUCCCCGAGUUCUCGUUUUCCAACUGUUUUGCCAAAGGGCAAGGAACAGUUCAAUGCAGGAGAACAAACAUUUACUGCAUCUGUUUAAGAUGUGUAACCUUUUAUUAUUAAAACAUAAUUAACUAUGUUUUUGUAUUAUAUUGCAGACUAGAGAGAGCUUACUUUUUAUAUUGCAAAUUACUUUUUUGAUUUUUUUAAAGUUAACAACUGGUGGUACAAAAUCCAAAUUUAACUGUAAAGAGAAAAGGGCUUGUGGUACAUUUAAAUUAUGGAAGAAAAUAUUUUGUACUUUAUUAUUCUGGUUUUAUAUUGAUUCUAUUCCAGUUUUUAAAUAAAUAUACUUUUAAAUAAUUUUUCUUUAAAAUUUAAUUGUGUUUUUUAAAUGUCGUGCAAUUAUGGCACUCUCUGGUAAGAGUAAAUUACUCUAAUUAUUCCAAAUGCUGUAAGAUAUUCUUCCAUUUAUUUUACCAGGUGUGUUUUAAUAUUAAAAGCCAAUAUUUUAAACAGAAUUUAUUGUUAAUGUUCUGUGUGUUUCUACUGAAGUUAGCUUAAACUCACCUACAAUGCAUUCUCUUGUAAUUUUUAUGAAAUAAAUAUGUAAAAAAGAAUUCAUGGAUAGUUAUUUUAUCCAAGGUGAAUUGCUCUUGCAGAAUACUACUGUGUAUAGUUAAAUCUGUUUAAUGAUUAAUAGACUACUCAUUAUUUAAAAGCUAAUCAAACUACUGUUUCAGUAAGAACAAGUGGCUAUCAUUGGCUCCCAAGAUUCUUCUGUACAACUGACAAAAAUUGGUUAAAAUUCUAAGUAUUGGUGUCCUU